GAGCAGAUUCGAAAUUAAUUAUCUUAGAUCUGAAACCAAGUGUGCAGCAAAAUACAUAAUUUAUUUUCAAUUUGGUGGGUGAUUCAAAUUACAGAGUGCUAUUAACGUUAGAGAACAGCAGGAUAUUAUGAUAUGGGUAACAUUCAGUUAUUAAUCAGUAUCUGAUUUUCCGUUUGAUUCGUUAGUGUGAACGGAACUAUUUAACUAAAUGGUUACAUCACUUUAUCUAGAGAUAAUUGUAUUAAUUAAUCUACAGGGAGUGAAAAGUAAAAUUUGACAAGCUAUUGCCAGGAUGAUAGACCAAUCAGAUCUCAGCGGUAAUAACUGCACGUCUUUUAUCAAUAUUGUAUGGAUUACAAUUGUUUUUGUCUUGAAUGCUUGUACUUGUGCUGAUUACACACGAAUACUAAAUGCGAAUGAUGUAAACAUUUGUAAGCAACCUUUAUAUUAUGAUAUGGACACAUUGUAUAUAAUUCGAGCCCAGAAUAAAAUAUACAGUCGUAAUUGUGAACUCAGAUUUCUGGACUGGAAUGAUGCUAUUGUCGGACAACCUUGUGUUAGUUUAUGUGUCCGUGUACAUAAUAAUUCUAUGAAAAGCUGUGAUUUUCGAAUGACAUAUUAUGACGGUCUUGGAGAUCUAAAUGCUCAGAGUUUUGACUGUCAUUCAUUUCCGCCAAUAUUAUGGUGUUCUAGAAAAAAUGAAAUUAAAAUAGAGUUUACUGAAUUGAAAAAAUAUAAAGGAUCCGGUUAUGACAUAACCCUUGAGGUGACCUCCUACUGUUCCCAUGAUGAGGAUUCUACUAAAGGCACUGAUUCCGGUGUAAAGCGGAAGGGCGAUUCGUAUAAUGAAGAGAAAAGGAAGGAAGAGAAAAGAACUAGAGAUACAGUUAUCAUUGCCGGUUCCCUUGUUAGCACAGUUUCGUUUAUACUAGUUAUUUGCUGGGUAACAUAUUGUUGCUGGAAACGGCAACAUCCAUCAGAUUCCGUGUCAUCAAAUAGACCACAUGUAGCCGGCAGCAAUACAUCUUCAUCAACACCUAAAUCAGAAGGAUCCGGUCAAAGACCAUGUCAGUAUUCAGCAUGUGCUACAACAGGAACGACCACUCAACAGUAUUACCAGCCACAAGGAAGACAAUUUUUACAACAGAAACCAACACAUCCAUAUGUCAAUGCUUAUAAUUACCCACGUUCUAAUACAGAUAGGUAUAUACAAUUUCCAGACUCUGGAAUUGACAUGAAAGAGUCUUUUGUACAAUAUAAAAGCCAACCACCAACCAGAGACGUACAUUUCCAAGAUGAACAUUUUCUAAGUUUGGACCAUAUGGAAGGAGGACAUUCAUAUGAUGCUGAUGAUGAUAGCCCAGAGAAAGACAUAACACCACCUGUACCUCCAAGACCAAAUUUAACUCAGCAUCAAGGAAGACAAUACUUUAUAUGAAUAAAUUGUAUUUGUAUAAAUCUAAUCCUUAUGGAUUAUGGUAGAGAGAGAGAGAGAGUUUUAACACAAUUUCGUAACAAACUCCAUAGAUAUUUGUACACUUUAUUUGAGAUCAGUGCUCAAUUUUCAUCACAAUUGAUUAACUUGAUCCAAAAUUGGGUAAUCAUUUGACCAUGGAAGUAUUAUAGUGUCAAUAUAAUACUUCCAUGAUUUGACCAAUCUUCAUCAAUCUAUGUUGGUAUUGUCUCGCUAUUUCUUUGUAAAAGUUAAAAAAAAACAUUUAUUGAGUUAUAUUAUGUUGAGAAAGUAAAGUGUUGUCUUGUAUGAGCUUAUCGAUCAAUUCCUAAACCAGAUAAUACUGAAGUGUCUGUUUUCCUUGGUUUCGAAGAAAAUCGGACAAAUAGUAAUAAUUACAGUAAACACCGAUAUCAAAUGUGGUAUUAUUGAACAAUGAAUGUAUUAAAUGUACACAAUAUAUAAACAAUACAGUUAACCAUGACCACAAGGAAUAUUUCCUUUUUAGGCUUUGAUCACCUUCCAAGACGACGGUUGUUGCAUACAAAUAAAAGUAAGAUAUUGUAACCCUUCUAUAACAAAUGAUAUAUAUGUCAGUGUUUGGUAAGACUUUGUAUAGCCCGAAACUUUAAUUUAAAUGUUAUAUGUUCGAAUUCCUUUUAAUUUUUCAGUGCAUUCCUCUUGGUUUUUUGUUUUGUCCUCCGAAUUCCUACCUGGUUUUUCCUCAAGCGUAUCUGCCUAAGUAUUUGUUGCUGAUUUGUGUAUUCACAUACGGGAGCUUUAUUGUGUGUGUGAAACGUUUUAUUUCAAAAGUACUUCAGAGACUGGAUAAUUUAAAUAUAAUUAAGUUUAUUCAUAAUAAUAUUGUGGUCCAUCUUAAAAUUUGUGAUUACAGCUGCAACUGCGGAGAAUACUUUACCGUGAUUAAACAGAUUCUGUUUUAAUUUGCUCCCAGAUUUGUUUGAUAUUAUAUAUAUAAAUGAUAACCUUACUUAAAAGAAAAUAAAUACCUAUAUAGACUUCAUAACGUAACCAGUCAGCUACACCGGUUACAUUGCUUAAGGAUCGAAAUAUGAUAAUCCAUUUUUAAAGUUAAGUUCGAGUUAUAGUCUUAAAUCUUUGAAAAAAAAAAUUAUACUUCAUAUCGACUGAACAAAAGGCUGGAGUACUCUGAUGCAGAAAUGAUACUGCAAUGGUUCUUCAAUCAAUGUGUUAUUUCUGUGCAGAUCUGAAGCAUAAAAUAAGAUGACCCACACCGUGAAAGUUUAAUACAGAACCUGAAUGCGCAUCAAACUCUUUCUAAUAAAAUCCAUGUUAUGCACAAAUAAUGGUAUGGUGAAC